AUGGAUACAGCACUUCCACUACAACAAGACGGCGAGAACGGUCACAGUCAAGACGAUAUCAAACCCACUGGCCCUGCUCCUGAGGAAUCAAACAUGAACAACAUCCAGAGACACCCGCAUACUAAUAGAAGGACACCCGAGCCUCAAGAUGAUCGGCAAGCCAACAAUUCUGAUCCGCCAGAUACCCCUGGUGUUUUAGAACCAUUUGACUGGGAUGAGUUUGAAGCGCGUUAUGAGGCUGCUUUGCAAGAGGCAGAUGAGCGAGAGCGGGAGAUUCUGAAGGAGGCGGAUGCUCUCUCAAAGUACUUCAAAAUCUGGGCUGCGUCAGCGUCAGGGCACGAUGAUGAGCGGGCAGCGAAGCGCCUGCAAACACGACGACGCUUCGUGAAUCUCGCUGAAAACAAGAUGGAACGGAAACAACAGCAUUAUGAUCAAGUUGUGAGGGCCUUUGAGAGUGCUCUAGCACUUCUCAAGUCCCACAUUUCCACCGAUGAUCUUGUUGCUUUCCACGAAUCCCAUUUCUCGCACACAGCCAUCGCCGCCUUCGGAUCUGAAUUCGUAGACUCGCCCCCCCAGGAUCAAAUUCAAGAUGACGCCGUCAACAAUACCUGGGAGGAGGAGGACGAUGGCCUGGGCUAUUAUCCGGAUGGUGUGAAAAGGACUUUGACGGAUGCGCAAAUCGAGAUAUUUCGACAUUCAGAACUCGAAACUCAACGCAAAGAGAAAGAAAGAGCGAAACAGCUGGGUUUGAAAGAAACAGCGCCGUCGAGCGACGUCAUGGAUUUGAGUGAUGAUACCCCCACUUCAAAGCAAACCAAAAACAUGUCUUCCUUAUUACCCACUUCCUUCCAGAGCAAUAAGAAACGAAAGAAGAAGAACGGUCUUCAGCGCCCUCGUCCCGAACCGAAACCAGACUUGCGCAAACGAACCUGGGAUGUUGUGGACAAAGGGUUGGACUCGCUGGAAUACGACUAA